AUGGGGGAAGAGUCGAGCAAGGCGAUGCUGCGGGUCACUGGCGUGAUUGCCCAGUACUGGGUCGUGAGCAUCUCCUUGGUGUACAUCAACAAGUUUAUCUUGUCGGAACAAUCGGCGCCAAUUUUCAUCACCUGGUCACAGUGCAUCGUGACAUGCGUCAUCUGCUGGGUGUGCGGGGCGCUGGGGGAGAAGAUGCGCGAGACGCAGAGCGGCGCAACGAGGGAGAAGGCCGAGGAGGGGGGUCACGCGGCCGGGAAACCGUCACCGGACUCUUCCUUCCUAGCGGGAUUCCCGAAGGCGCGGUACGACCGAGACGCGGCGAUCAAGGUGUUGCCGCUGUCGAUGGUGUUCGUGCUAAUGAUCCUAUCUAACCAGCUCACGCUCAAGUACGUCGAGGUGUCCUUCUACAACGUGGCUAGGUCGCUGACUAUCGUGUUCAACGCAAUAUUCAGCGUGAUGAUACUUGGUUCCGUGGUUAGCUGCCGCACCAUCGCCUGCCUGGCGGUCGUCAUUACGGGUUUCAUAGUGGGCUGCGGGGGGGAGGUGCAGCUCUCGGUCCUGGGGGUGCAGUGGGGGCUCAUCUCCAGCGUGUCUGUCAGUCUCAACUCCAUCUACACCAAGAAGGCGCUCCCCUUCGUGAUGAACGAUGCGUGGCGGCUGACUUUCAUCAACAACGCCAAUGCGUGCCUGCUGUUCAUCCCGUUCGUUAUCUACUUCGAGGGAGCCAUGCUGCGGGAGCAAGCGUCUACUGGUACGCUUUUCUCGAGGUCGAUUGUGACGGGUCUGGUCGUGUCGGGCGUCCUGGGAUUCUUGAUGGGGAUCGUUUCAGUCAUGCAGAUUCGCGUCACGAGUCCGCUGACCCACAACAUAUCGGGGACUGCCAAGGCGGGUGUGCAGAGCAUCAUGGCGUUUUACAUCUGGGACAACGAGGCGACCGUCUUGGCUUGCGUCGGAAUCUUCUUGGUGCUGUUCGGGUCAAGCCUGUACACGUACGUCAAGAUCACGGAGGUGCAGAAGGGACCGGCAAAGGUCGAAGGCGGAAAGCCGCUCUUGCCCAAGUAA